UGACAGUGUCAAGUCAAUUUUAUCAAAACAUUCUUCGUACACAUCACAAACGGUUGUUACCUGUUCUGCCGGCAUUAAAUAUUCAUAAAAACAACAAUGGCAUCUCGCAAUAUCUUGAAAUUAGGAGCUCUGGAGGCUCAGAAAACUGCCUUCCUAUUAUGUGAUAUCCAAGAAACUUUCCGACCUCACGUAAAAUACUUUGGAGAAGUUGUAAAAGUCGCCAAUAAAAUGGUGGAAGCUGCAAAGCAUUUUAAAAUACCCGUUUACGUCUCUGAGCAAUAUCCAAAGGGUCUCGGUCACACCACAAAGGAUAUAAACAUUUCCGAAGCUGCUCUAGUUUACUCGAAGACUAAGUUCUCUAUGUACACUCCAGAAUUGGAGGAGAAGUUGAAACAGGAUGUACCUGAUCUAUCUUCUGUGGUGUUAUUUGGCAUUGAGGCACAUGUGUGUAUUGAGCAGACUGUGAUAGACCUACUGAGUAAGGAUAUAGUUGUGCAUGUGUUGGCUGAUGGAGUGUCUUCCAGGUCUCUACUGGACAGGGGACUAGCUCUACAGCGUCUUCAAUCCAUCGGUUGCUUUGUGGGCACCUCAGAAAACGUAUUAUUCAAGCUAAUGCGAGACAAGAACCACCCUGUAUUCAAACAAAUAUCCAAAUUGAACAUGGUACCCACUUCUGACGAAUUUGGAUUGGUACAGAAAAGUCAGAUUUAAUUUGCAUACAUUUAAAGUUGAUUUUUGUAUGCAGUUAGUUGAUUUGUAAUAAUAAUAAUGUGAUAUGGGUACGUUUUGGAGACUUAUUUGAUAUAGGGGGAUGAUAAAAAAGACUUUUUUAAUUGAACAAUAUAAAUUGAAAAUAUUAUAAGUAAGUAUUGAUCUAAAUUUACCUUAGCAACUGUUUCACGAGAUAGCUCGACUAGAUUCACGCCACGACAGGGGCUCAUAUUCGUGGGCAGCAUUGCGUGACACAUACACGUAAAAAGUGGCUUAAAACAACAAGUAAGCCAUUAAAAACAAUUUGUUAGAAUAAUAUAGUCUCAUGACAAUUAUAACACAAAAUAAAAAUCAAAAUAACAUUUCAUACUUAGUUAUAACGUUAUAAAAUGCCCCUCAAAAGAUUUUCCAAUCCUCGAAAAUAAUAGUUUCAAAUUUUCAAUAUGGCGGCGUUUAUCUUCUUUUAAAUACUCUUUAACUCAAAAUUUUUUUAUUGUUUUUUUUUUCUGGUAGUUAAGCAAAUAUGUCAGUAUAAGUUGAUUUUCACAAUAGCAAAAUUGAUGAUAAUUGUUUCGAACACAUUUAGUAAAUUUUAAGUGCAAUUUAUUUUAUUUAAAUUACAAUAUCGUUACCAAAAUCAAUCUUAGUUUUUUUUUCUUAAAUAGUACCCUUUUUUUGUCAUGGAAAAAUCAUUAAAUGACCUCUCCCAGGGUAAGGCGAGAGAGUUUCAGACUCUUACUGACUAAAAACACCCCCGUUCCUUCU